AUGUCAACUCUAUCCCAACCUCAAACACCCGCCGCGCUUCACAGCCCCCUGAGGGAACACAGACACAGACCUGUCGAGAGGCUCACAGACCGUCUAGAGACCCCGUCGCUCGACGACAGGUCGUAUCGUGUUGUCCGCCUGCCAAAUCAGCUCGAGGUGCUGCUGGUCCACGAUGCAGAGACCGACAAGGCUAGCGCGGCUAUGGAUGUCAAUGUGGGCAACUUCAGCGACGAGGAGGAUAUGCCAGGUAUGGCACAUGCUGUAGAGUACCCAGUCGAGAACGCCUACUCCCAAUACCUCGCCCAAUACUCCGGAAGUUCAAAUGCAUACACUGGAGCUACAUCUACAAAUUAUUACUUCGAGAUCCAAGCGCAAAAGGCCGCAGAUGCACCUGCUUCACCCCUCUACGGAGCCCUCGACCGAUUUGCACAAUUCUUCAUUGAUCCCCUGUUCCUUUCGUCGACUUUAGACAGAGAGCUACGAGCGGUUGAUUCGGAGAACAAGAAAAAUUUGCAGAGCGACCAAUGGAGAUUUCAUCAAUUAGAAAAGUCGUUGUCCAAUCCCAAUCAUCCAUACUGCCACUUUUCUACAGGAAAUUUCGAGGUUCUUAAGCAACAACCAGAGGCACGAGGUAUCGAUGUUCGACAAAAGUUCAUGGACUUCCACGAAAAGCAUUACUCAGCCAACCGUAUGAAGCUGGUAAUCCUGGGCAGAGAGCCUUUAGAUGUCUUGGAAGGUUGGGCUGCAGAUUUGUUUGCUGGAGUUCGAAACAAGGACCUGCAGCAAAACCGAUGGGAGGACGAAGCACCAUUCAGAGAGGUCGAUCUUUUAACUCAAUGCUUUGCAAAGCCAGUUAUGGACUCGAGACAGUUGGAUCUGUCGUUCCCAUUCAUAGACGAAGAGUUGCUUUUCGAAUCGCAGCCAAGCCGGUACAUCAGCCAUUUAAUUGGUCACGAGGGACCCGGUAGUAUCAUGUCUUACAUCAAGUCGAAAGGCUGGGCGAAUGGCUUAAGCGCAGGUGCAUAUCCCGUAUGCCCAGGCACUCCUGGGAUCUUUAAUUGCCAGAUCCGGUUAACGGAGGAUGGCCUCAAGAACUACAAGGAGAUCGUAAAGGUGUUCUUCCAAUACGUAUCCUUGUUGCGCGAGUCGGCACCUCAAGAAUGGAUUUUCGAAGAGCAAAAAGGUCUUGCGGACGUGGAUUUCAGAUUCAGGCAGAAGACUCCGGCCAGCAAGUUCACCAGCAAGACAAGUGCAGUCAUGCAAACACCGCUUCCUCGAGAAUGGCUUCUAAGCGGACAUAGUCGACUUAGGAAGUUUGACGCAGCAAGGAUCGAGGAGGGACUGGCCUGUUUACGACCUGAUAAUUUUAGGAUAACGGUUGUUUCACAGAAGUUCCCCGGUACUUGGAAGCAGAAGGAGAAAUGGUACGGUACGGAAUACACCUAUGAGAAAAUCCCUGCGGAUUUCAUUGCCGAGAUCAAGAACGCUGCAGCUAGCACGACAAAGAAUCGCUUGACGGAGUUACACCUACCGCACGAAAACCAGUUCAUCCCUACCAAACUUGAAGUGGAGAAGAAAGACGUCAAAGAACCAACUCUCUGCCCCAAGCUCAUUCGACACGAUGAACUUGUCCGCACAUGGUGGAAGAAGGAUGACCAAUUCUGGGUGCCCAAGGCCAACCUAUUCGUCAAUUGCAGAAAUCCAUUGCCUAGCGCCACCGCAGAGAAUCACCUGAAAGCAAGACUUUACACCGACAUAGUGAGAGAUGCAUUAGAAGAAUACUCAUACGACGCGGAGCUUGCUGGGUUGGAUUACUCUGUCUCCAGUCACUCUUUGGGAAUCGAGAUUGCCGUAUCUGGGUACAAUGACAAGUUACCAGUCUUGCUGGAGAAAGUUUUGGUUACGAUGAGAGAUUUGGAAGUCAAAUCAGAGCGAUUUGAUAUCAUCAAGGAGAGGUUGUUUCGAGGUCUCAAGAACUACGAUUUUCAACAGCCAUACAGCCAAGUUGGUGACUACACAAGAUGGCUAAACAGCGAUCGAGGCUAUAUCAACGAGCAAAUGCUCGUCGAGCUUCCUCAUAUCACAGCCGCCGAUAUCCAACAGUUUUACCCUCACCUCUUACGACAAAUGCACAUUGAGACCUUUGCACAUGGAAACUUGUACAAGGAGGAUGCUUUGAAGUUGAGCGAUCUUAUCGAGAGCAUCUUAAAGCCGAGAACACUACCUCAAAUCCAGUGGCCUGUAACACGGGCUCUGAUGUUCCCACCAGGAGGCAACUUUGUCUAUCACAGAACCUUGAAAGAUCCUGCAAACGUCAAUCAUUGCAUUGAGUACGUCCUUAAUGUGGGAGAUAAAGCCGACCGACCACUGCGGGCAAAGGCACUUCUCUUCGACCAGAUGACUCACGAACCAGCAUUCGAUCAAUUGAGAACAAAGGAACAGCUUGGAUAUGUUGUAUUCAGCGGCGCACGUUCUUCGCCAACGACGAUGGGAUACAGAUUCAUCAUUCAAAGCGAGAAAACCCCGGAAUAUCUUUCUGAGCGCAUCGACUCCUUCCUAACUUCGUUCGGUUCCACCCUUGAGAACAUGCCAGAGACUGAGAUUGAGGCCCAUAAGAAGAGUAUUAUUGCAAAACGCUUGGAGAAGCUGAAGAAUUUGGAUCAAGAGUCAGGCAGAUUAUGGAAUUAUAUCGACAACGAGUAUCUUGAUUUCGAACUAGUACAUCAAGAUGCCGCCCAUAUCCGCCAGAUCUCGAAAGCUGACAUGAUUGACUUCUUCCAAAAAUGGAUUGCGCCAAAUUCUCCAUUCCGAUCGAAGCUGGCAAUCCAUCUCCAUGCCCAGACAUCGACACCUGAAGAAUCAUCCGUCCCAGUCGUCAGCAAAGCAAUGCAGACACUAGGUCUCAGUAACAAGGCCACUAAUGGAGAUGUCGGAGAUGAUUAUCCAGCACCCACGGUCGAGGCCAACGGAACAACAUCAUACAUCAUCAAAGACGUCAGGCAAUUUAAAUCCAUGCUCCAGAUUAGUGCUGGCCCGCAACCAGUCAAGGAUAUCAGUCAGUUCGAAGAAUUGGACUCUAAGCUAUGA